UGCUGUUGCAGGAUUUCCUUCCAGCAUUUCCCAAGUAAAAUUCCCUGUUUUUUGGGAGAUUUGUUUUUGUUUCUGUUUUCAAUGUAUUAAGCCGCGUGAAUUGUUCACGCAGAACCUUUCCUGAAACAUUUCUACAAAUUGAAGACAUCAGUGGAGCCCGGUUUUCUUUUCCUCUUAUGGAACUGUAUCCUGGAAUGUACUUUUUUGGGGGAGAAAGAUGCAAGGAGACGGCUGGCAACCUUCGCCUGUAACUGCAGAGCACUCAGAGGAUAGUGGAUUUUAAGGAGAGAAAGCGGAGAGGUAUUUGCAACAUGACAAAAUCAGAUCUCUGCUGAGCAGCCUGAGAGUACAGGACACUUCCAGAUCUUGGAUUGCAGAUGUGAGCAUUUAUGACUAAAAAAAUAAGAAAACCCCUUUUCUGCCACCUUUUCGGAACACCAUGAAGCAUUGGAUUUUCUAUUUCACCCCAAGUUCUUCUACUUCAGAUAACUGAUUUUGCUGAUUCUCCUUUUUCUUUCUCAUUUUUUUUUUUAUUUCAUUUUUUUCCCCGUUGGAUUUGCUUUUACGGGGCUGGAAUCGAAUUUGUUUUUUCUGCUCUUUGUGUUUUUUUUUUUCCCUUGCGAUUAUGUUCCAAAAAAGUAAAUAUGCAACAUAUUUAAAGGGGCAGGAAGCAUGACUAUCAGCGGCUGGAGAAUUCCCACGUUUACAAGUAUCUCUCACAUCUCUUGAUGCUCAACCUUUUUACGUACAAAUAUGAUGAAAUGGCAGCCCAGGAAGAAGGCAUACUUCAGACAGGGUGUUGCCCUUCAGUAUCUUGGUCGCCAUGCAGAUGCCCUGGCUGCGUUUGCAUCUGGGUUGGCUCAGGAUCCCAAGAGUUUACAACUAUUGCUCGGAAUGGUGGAGGCUGCAAUGAAGUCCCCAAUGAGAGACUCUCUGGAACCUACUUAUCAGCAACUUCAGAAGAUGAAACUGGACAAGAGCCCCUUUGUGGUAGUUUCAGUAAUUGGUCAAGAACUUCUGACAGCAGGGCAUCAUGGUGCUUCAGUGGUUGUAUUAGAAGCUGCACUGAAAAUUGGGACUUGCAGUCUGAAAUUGAGGGGCUCAGUUUUCUCUGCUCUGAGCAGUGCUUAUUGGUCUCUCGGGAACACAGAAAAAAGUACAGGAUAUAUGCAACAGGACUUGGACGUAGCAAAGACUCUAGGUGACCAGACGGGAGAAUGCCGAGCCUAUGGGAAUCUGGGGUCUGCAUUCUUUUCCAAAGGAAACUUCCGGGAGGCACUUACGAACCACAGACAUCAGCUAGUCCUUGCCAUGAAACUGAAGGAAAGAGAGGCAGCAUCAUCUGCCCUAAGCAGCUUGGGUCAUGUCUACACUGCAAUUGGCGAUUACCCUAAUGCACUGGCUAGCCACAAGCAAUGUGUUCUACUGGCUAAACAAUCCAAAGAUGAACUGUCUGAAGCACGAGAACUAGGGAACAUGGGAGCUGUCUACAUUGCAAUGGGGGACUUUGAAAACGCAGUUCAUUGCCAUGAACAACAUUUAAAAAUCGCAAAGGACCUUGGGAACAAGAGGGAAGAGGCCCGGGCCUAUAGUAACCUUGGCAGUGCCUUUCACUACAGGAGAAAUUUUGACAAGGCAAUGUCCUACCACAACCAUGUUCUAGAACUUGCGCAGGAAUUAUCUGAAAAGUCCAUUGAGAUGCGUGCCUACGCUGGCUUGGGUCAUGCUGCACGCUGUAUGCAGGAUUUGGAGAGGGCUAAACAAUAUCAUGAGCAACAACUGUCCAUUGCUGAAAGUCUUAAAGACCGUGCGGCAGAGGGUAGGGCUUCUUCCAACCUAGGAAUAAUUCAUCAGAUGAAAGGAGACUUUGAAACUGCACUGAAAUUACAUAAAACUCACCUUUCAAUCGCCCAGGAAUUAAAUGAUUAUGCUGCCCAGGGUAGGGCAUACGGCAACAUGGGGAAUGCUUACAAUGCCCUGGGGAUGUAUGACCAAGCUGUCAAAUAUCAUCGGCAGGAACUUCAGAUAUCAAUGGAGGUCAACGACAGAGCUUCUCAAGCCUCCACUCAUGGGAAUCUAGCAGUGGCAUAUCAGGCUUUAGGUGCCCACGACAGAGCUUUGCAGCACUACCAAAACCAUCUCAAUAUUGCUCGGGAGCUAAGAGAUAUUCAAAGUGAAGGUCGAGCUCUAGGAAAUCUUGGCAACUUCCAUUGUUCCCGGGGAGAGUACAUGCAGGCUGUACCAUUUUAUGAACAGUACUUGAGACUAUCGCCAGAGUUACAAGAUAUGGAGGGAGAAGGAAAGGUGUGCCACAACCUGGGUUAUGCCCAUUAUUGCUUAGGGAAUUACCAGGAAGCUGUAAAAUACUAUGAACAAGAUCUCGCACUAGCAAAGGAUCUUCAUGACAAACUAAGCCAGGCCAAGGCAUACUGCAACUUAGGCCUUGCCUUUAAGGCACUGACGAACUAUAAUAAAGCAGAGGAGUGCCAGAAAUACCUUUUGUCUUUGGCACAGUCGUUGAAUAAUUCCCAGGCUAAGUUCCGAGCUCUUGGGAACCUAGGUGAUAUCUUUGUCGCUAAGAAAGAUAUAAAUGGUGCAAUAAAAUUUUAUGAACAGCAGUUAAGCUUGGCCCAUCAAGUCAAAGAUAGACGGCUGGAGGCUAGCGCCUAUGCUGCUUUAGGCAGUGCUUACAGAAUGAUACAGAAAUAUGACAAGGCACUGGGAUAUCAUACACAAGAACUUGAGGUCUUCCAAGAAUUAAAUGAGCUACCUGGAGAAUGUAGAGCUCAUGGUCACCUUGCUGCAGUGUAUAUGUCCCUAGAGAAGUAUACUAUGGCCUUCAAGUGCUAUGAAGAACAACUUGAGCUUGGGCAAAAGCUAAAAGACCCUGCAAUAGAAGCUCAGGUGUAUGGGAAUAUGGGCAUCACCAAGAUGAAUAUGAAUGUUAUGGAGGAGGCCAUCGGCUAUUUUGAACAGCAGUUAGCAAUGUUACAACAGUUAAGUGGAAAUGACUCCAUACUAGACAGAGGCCGUGGAUAUGGAAAUUUAGGAGAUUGUUAUGAUGCACUUGGAGAUUACGAAGAAGCAAUAAAAUAUUAUGAAAAAUAUUUAUCUGUAGCCCAGAGCUUAAACCGCCUACAGGAUCAGUCCAAAGCAUACAGGGGACUUGGAAAUGGACACAGGUCCAUGGGGAAUUUACAGCAGUCACUUGUUUGCUUUGAAAAGAGGCUUGUGGUCGCUCAUGAACUUGGGGAAACAUCAAACAAAGCCCAGGCAUAUGGCGAACUGGGUAAUUUGCACAGUCAGCUAGGAAAUUAUGAGCAAGCAAUAUCCUGUCUAGAACGCCAAUUAAAUAUUGCCAGAGAAAUGAAAGACCAGAUACUGGAGAGUGAUGCGGCCUGCGGUCUGGGUGGAGUGUAUCAGCAGAUGGGAGAAUUUGACACAGCAUUACAGUACCAUCAGCUGGACUUACAGAUAGCAGAAGAAACCAACAAUCCAUCGUGCCAAGCUCGGGCUUAUGGAAACCUGGGACUGACCUAUGAAUCUCUGGGGAACUUUGAGAGAGCCGUGGUUUAUCAGGAGCAGCACCUGAGCAUUGCAGCAGAAAUGAAUGACCUGGUAGCAAAGACAUUAGCUUACAGCAGUUUAGGAAGGACUCACCACGCAUUACAGAACUACUCUCAAGCCGUAAUGUACUUACAAGAAGGCUUGAGGUUAGCAGAACAGCUGGCCCGCAGAGAGGAUGAAGCAAAAAUUAGACAUCGCCUUGGACUUUCGCUUUGGGCGAGUGGGAACUUGGAAGAAGCUCAACACCAGCUUUACAGAGCUUCAGCGUUAUUUGAAACAAUACGACGUGAGGCGCAGCUCAGCACUGACUACAAGCUCUCCCUCUUUGAUCUGCAAACGUCGUCAUACCAGGCACUGCAGCGGGUGCUCAUCAGUCUUGGACAUCAUGAUGAAGCUUUAGCAGUGGCGGAAAGAGGAAGGACACGGGCUUUUGCGGAUCUGCUUGUUGAGCGGCAAACAGGACAGCAGGAAUCUGACCCUUACACCCCUGUGACUAUUGACCAAAUCUUGGAGACUGUAAAUAGUCAAAGAGGCCUGGUGCUCUACUACUCAUUGGCUGCAGGCUAUCUUUACAGCUGGUUGCUUGCUCCUGGAUCUGGAAUAUUAAAGUUUCACGAAUACUAUUUGGGAGACUCAACUUUAGAAAACACCAGUGAUUUUCCUGAAUCUGGAAGUUUGAGUUUUCAGGGGUCGAGCAGUUCGGUUCUAGAGCAGCACAUUGCAAAUGUCCGGGAAAGCCUUGGAGUGGACUCUUACUACACAAGGACUUGUGCAAGCAGCGAAACCGAAAGCGAGGCAGGAGAUUAUAUGGACCAGCAAUACGAAGAUCUUAACAAUAAAAUUAAUUCUGUAACAGACCCCACAGGAUUCCUAAGGAUGGUUAACAGAAACAAUACCUUCAACAGAAGCUGCCAAAGCAUGACCAGCCUGUUCAGCAACCCUGUGUCACCUGUGAAGGAAAAUACCUCUUCUCUCCCCCGAAAGCAGUCAUGUACUAGUAAGCCACCUCUUCGUGCCCUCUACGAUUUGCUUCUGGCACCAAUGGAAGGGGGACUUAUGCAUUCCAGUGGACCUGUGGGGAGACACCGACAACUGGUGCUGGUAUUGGAGGGAGAACUGUACCUUAUUCCAUUUGCUCUCCUAAAAGGAAGCUCAUCAAAUGAGUAUCUUUAUGAACGCUUCAGUCUGAUUGCUGUUCCUUCCAUCCGAUCUCUGAACAUAAAUUCCAAGUCUCACUUGCGUAAGAAUGCUCCAGUCUACUCAAGUUCUACCUCAAUGGCAGCUGUCAUAGGAAACCCUAAACUUCCCCCACCAGUGAUGGAUAGAUGGCUGUGGGGUCCAAUGCCCUCAGCAGAAGAAGAGGCCUACAUGGUGGCUGAACUGUUGGGAUGUCAACCUCUUGUCGGCAGUUUAGCUACAAAAGACAAAGUGAUGAGCGCACUCUCCCAAGCUGAAUGUGUCCACUUUGCCACCCACAUCUCAUGGAAACUCGCAGCUUUGAUACUAACGCCUAACAGUGAGAACAGCUCUGGAGCAAACAAAAGCACAUUUGGCAACACUUAUACUAUUCCUGAGUCAUUGCAAAUGCAGGAUGAUGCCAGUGAUGUGGAGAGCAUAUCGGACUGUCCACCUCUCCAAGAAUUCCUGUUGACAGCAGCAGAUGUCCUGGAUCUUCGGCUUCCUGUUAAAUUAGUAGUCCUUGGAUCUUACCAAGAAUCCAGCAACAAAGUUACAGCAGAUGGAGUUAUUGGCUUAACACGAGCCUUCCUGGCUGCUGGGGCCCAAUGUGUCCUUGUAUCUCUUUGGCCUGUGCCGGUUGCAGCUUCAAAAAUGUUUGUUCAUUCUUUUUACUCAUCACUUUUAAAUGGAAUGAAAGCAAGCGCUUCCCUCUCAGAGGCAAUGAAAACAGUGCAGAGCAGUAAGCAAUACUCACAUCCAUCAAACUGGGCAGGAUUCAUGCUUAUUGGGAGUGAUGUGAAGCUGAACAGUACAUCAUCACUGAUUGGUCAAGCUCUAUCAGAGAUCCUCCAGAACCCCGAUCGAGCAAGAGAUGCUCUAAGAGUUUUAUUACAUCUGGUGGAAAAGUCUUUGCAGAGGAUUCAGAAUGGACAACGUAAUUCAAUGUACACAUCCCAGCAGAGUGUGGAAAACAAAGUGGGGGGAAUACCAGGCUGGCAGUCACUGUUAACAGCCGUAGGAUUUCGACUUGACCCCCCAGCCAGUGGUCUUCCUGCAGCAGUGUUUUUCCCAACAUCUGAUCCUGGUGAUCGACUUCAGCAGUGCAGUACAACCAUGCAGUCCCUCUUAGGCUUGCCGCACGCUGCACUCCAGGCUCUUUGUAAACUUAUCACUGCUUCAGAAACCGGAGAACAGCUGAUUAAUCGGCUGCAUCAGGUCCUCGUUCAGCUGCAGGCAGAAAAAGACCAUGAUUUCUCCUCAGUGCCCAUCCAGGUUUCUAUCAGUGUUCAGCUUUGGAGAUUGCCUGGGUGUCAUGAAUUUUUAGCAGCUUUAGGCUUUGACUUGUGUGAAGUAGGACAAGAAGAAGUCGUACUGAAAACUGGAAAACAGGCCAACAAAAGGACAAUGCAAUUUGCUUUACAGUCUCUUUUAGCUCUCUUUGAUUCCACUGAGCUUCCAAAACGCCUUAGCCUUGAUAGUUCUUCAUCGCUUGAAUCUCUGGCAUCUGCUCAGUCGGUUUCAAACCCAAUUCCUCAAGGAUAUCUGGGCCAUCCAUUCUCUCCAAUGUGUCCAGAUAGCAUGUCUUCAGAUGCUAUCUCUGUAUACAGUCUAAGUUCUAUUGCAUCAUCAAUGAGUUUUGUCUCUAAGCCAGACUGUUUAGCAGAGGGUGAACACAAAGUGCGUCAGGACCAUGACAGACCAAAAAAUAUUUAUUCUCUCAGAAGCUCAACAAGAGGCCAGUCUUCCCCGCAGACCCAGAUGUCAUUAAGCAAAGAGGAGCAAGAAGAGUAUGAUGGGUUUUCUAUAAUAAGUAAUGAACCUCUUUUGUCAUACUCAGAAAACCUAGAUCCUAGCCUCGGAAAGGAAAAUAUUCAGGAAACAAUUAAAGUGUCUGUAAAUCCUAAAGGUAGCAUAAGCACACCAAAUUCACCAGUUAAACUUGCUCUAAUUUCAAGUCCAAAUUCACCUUUCCAAAAAGUUGGAAAACUUGCAAGCUCUGAUACUGGAGAAUCAGACCAAUCUAGUACUGAAACAGACAGUACUGUGAAAUCUCAAGAAGAUAAUAACCCUAAACUUAAUCCCGAGGAGCUUGCACAAAAAAUCUUGGAGGAGACUCAAAGUCAUUUAAUUGCAGUCGAACGUCUUCAAAGAAGUGGCAGCUUGAAUAGGGUGAAUCAUUCACCUGAUGGUGCUUCAACUCCAAAUGGCAGCUCUAUGUUCAGGUCAUCAGAAACAAGUGCUUUUAGUAGACCUGUUCAGAAGGGGUUGCAUUCUCCUGUUACUGUGAAACCAAAGCCUCCAACUAGAAGCUCUUCUCUUCAAAAAGUGAGCUCAGGAUACAAUAGUCCUGCAAAUUCUGAUUCAUCCUUAAAAGAAGGUGCAAGUCUUCACAGUAACCAACCUUCUCCAAGUUCAGAUUCACCUUUCAAACUGAAAUACCCUAGCUCUCCUUAUAGCUCCCACAUUUCAAGAUCUCCAAGAAACAUAUCUCCAAGCUCAGGUCACCAGUCUCCAGCAGGAAGUACUUCAUCUCCAGCUCUUUCAUACUCCUCUGCUGGAUCUGCUCGAUCCAGCCCUGCUGAUGCACCUGAUCUGGAUAAAUUAAAACUUGCUGCAAUUGAUGAGAAGGUGAAGGCCAUCCACAAUCUCAAGAUGUUCUGGACAAAUAACCCUCAGCAUACAUCAGGUCCUAUCAAAAUACUGCGUGGAGCUCCUGGAACAAUGACUUCAAAGAAGGACGUGCUUAGUUUAUUAAACUUGUCUCCACGGCAUAACAAGAAAGAAGAGGCUGUGGAUAAUCUUGAACUAAAGGAAUUAUGUGUUCAGAAAAAGCAUGCUGAAGUCACACAGCAAAAUCCUCAAAAUGGACAUAAACAUACAGAAAACAAUAAUGUAGCAAACAUAACUCAGUCAGCAUCAUCCAUCAACAUGCCUGGUUCUAUACGCAACUUAAAACUGUCCUCUGGAAAUGGGUACAGGUUCCUUUCACCUGGAAGAUUUUUUCCUUCUUCAAAGUGUUAAAAUGUCUUUUAUACAACUUUUAAGCCUGUAUUGUCAUUUAUAUAUUGUUUAUGUCCGAAUGCCUUCAUAACUGAAAGACUAAAAUAUUACAUGUGAAGCAGUGGUUAUCAUGGAUAUAACAUUGAGCUCUACAGGCACGAUUUUAAUGAAAAUGUACCUAACGUCCCAUCUGUUUGUACAGACUAUAAUAACGCUAGUAAUAAUAAUCAUAUAGCAGGGGUAAUAAAAUUGUAUCCGAUAGACCUUGUGUAACACGGGACUGAAACCUAGGCCGUUAUUUAUUUAUAAUCCCUAUAAUCAAUUCUUAAAUUUGUACAUUUAUUUGUAAAUUUUGACACUUGAAAUGUCAAGACCAUUUUAUUAGUCUAUGCUGUUAUGUUUUAUGUCUAGUUUGGAUGGCAGCCUCAUUGUAAUUCACUGUAUUAUAGGAUGUUAUGACUAUAUGGUCAUAUCUAUACUCAUUGUUUUUCAGUGCAUGACCUGAAUUUUAGAUUUUAUACCCUGCACAGAUCAACUAUAUGAGUUAAGAUAUCAUCAUCUAUCACAUAAUUGUCAGACAGCUGUCACUAAUAUAUCAUAAGUAGGAUGUUGCCAUCAUACCUUGACCUAAAUGAGGUCUUAUUUUGUUAUAUAGUCAUAUUUACAGCUAGGAACAUCAACAUGUACAUAACAAAAAAUAGACUAGAAGUCACUCAUAUUUACAUUGUCCACAUACCAUCAUAAUUAUCAGUGAACAGGACCAUUACAGUCAGAAGGUACCAGAAUGAGCCUUCAGUGCCAUAUAAGGAAGGAGCCAUUGUUAUUUAGGAUGGGAAGCAAAGUAUUGGCAUCUAUUUAUCACUAGAUGUAUGUCACAGCAGCACAGGAGUCAUCUACUAAUCAAGCUGUUCAGUUCUGUCUGAUGUCAAUAUGGAUUAGAUGAUCACCUAUACAAUGCCCAGUAACUGCAGGUAUGAACAUAACUAUAAGGGUACGGCCUACGUACUGUAGCUAAGGGGUUGUCCUAUCUGGAUAUUUACGUUAUAGAGAUAAAUGCCUGAGUCCCACCUAUAGGACCUGCUCCUAUGUAAGAAUGCCACCCCACUGUGAAUGGAGAGCAUGCCAUGCAUGCGUGGCUUUGUCCAUUCACUGCUAUGGUACUUCACAAAAUAACAAAGCAAGCAUGCUGUCAAGAAAAAACUGUGCAUGUGUAGUAUGCUAUUCUUUGCUAUGGGACUUCCAAAAAUACCUGAGCCCAAGUCCAAUAGCAAUGAAUGGAAAAAGCUGCGUAGGCAUGGCGUGCUCUCCUUUCACAGCAGGGCCACAUUCUUGGAAAGGUAUGUGUGAUUAGAUUGGAGCUUCUUUAGAGAGUCUAAAUUAUGUUGUCAACCUUUUAGACAAGAUUAAAUCUGCCCCAGUGUAUCUGUGUGGUCACUAGACAACAAGUUAGGCCAAACUGCACACCAAUGUAAUACAGACAAAUAUAUAUAAAGGGGGAGUAAAAAAGCCUCUUGCGAGUAUUUAAAAAAAAGUUGCAUUUAAAAAGUUGCAAACACACAGUUAGCGAUUUAUUUAAUGCCACUUUUCUAGCACAAACUACAUGAUAAAUCUCCUCCUAAAUGUUUUGUGAUUUCAUUUGGGUUUAAAUGACAAACACUGCAGCAAAUCCGUGUUGGAAGAGUUGUCCAUAGGUGGAAAAUUUAUGAGAAAGGGCUAAGAGUGGGUUCAAAAAGUAAAAGACGGAAACAUACCCUCACUGAUACCCAGCUGCUCCAGUGCUGAAGCUUACCAGGUCCCCAUUGUUCUGAUUGAGCAGACUUGUUCUGCUUGUUGAGACUAAGCUAUGGAGCAGAGUGGGAACCUAGUAAGUGUUGGAACAGGAGUGGUGAGUAACCUUUAUUUUAUUUCAAGUUUUCAUGUUAUACAUUAUUUAUUUUUGGGGUGUUUUAUAACAUUCCAUGUCACUUACUAUAUUUAAAUAAUAUUCCUGCUACCUUAUAGUUUUCACUUUGACCACUGAGCCUCAUUAUAGGCUGACACUUCCUAUUCUGUAGAAAUCACUUCUCAGCAGUCAGCUAGUUAUCAUGACAGGAUUACAGUUAAAGAUAACACCUCUUAUAAAAUUGGAGGCAGAUAACAUAGGAUCCACCUCUGACAAUAGGUAAUGGGGACAGCUCAUCGUCCUUUCCUCUGCAGAGAGUGCCUACAACAUUCUCCCAUAAAAGUCAAUGAAGGUCAUUUAUGAAGGGACUUGUAAGUAUUUUAUAAAAAAAAAAAAAUAAAAAAAAAAUAAAUAGUUGCAAGUCCCUUUUUAAAUGGCCGUGCGACAAUAUUUAGUUGCACAACCCCUUUCACGCCAGGAUGGGCAGCAAACGGGGGCAUGUGAGGGGCCAUGCGGCCAUGGCAAAUUUACUAACAGGUGUAAAUGGUGGUGAAAAACUAAGCCAGCCAGGGGCUGGAGCAGUCUUUUCACCAGGCGCAAGGACUGCCAUGAAUGUGCCUAAUUUAUGACAAGGCACAUGUCUCAUCAUAAAUUAGACAAAUCUUAAGGCAGUGCAAGGGGGAAACUAAAACCAGCUUAAAAAGCUGGUCUUAGUAAAUGUUAUUUUCUCAUGUUCUUUGUGCCUAAGCAGCUACUGUAAAGAAUAUCUCUGAACUACUAUUCACAGCUUAGGCAGGAUGGUUACCCCUAAAAUAAUGAAAAUUUUAAUGAAAAGAAAAAAAAAACGAUGAGAAAAUAGAGCUGUAAGGUGGAGCCCUGGCUGGAAUAUUGGGUAUCAUGUACUUAGAAUAAAUGCACUUUAUGAUGAUCUAGCAGACUCACUAUACCACUGAUCACAGCCAAGGAGUUUUCCCUCUGUCAGUACAUACAUUUGCCACUUUCACAGUCCAGUGGUUUUAGGUCUCAUUUUUUUAAUUCUUGCAGAAAUGUGUAAAACCCGCUAAUUGCCUUAGGACAUAAAGCAGUCAAACAGUGUAGAACCACACGUUUCAGCAUUAUGUGACCCCUAGUUCUGCCACAAGCUGCCUACCCCUGAGAUAGAAUACCAAAACUCGAAUACAAGAACCCUGCUUUCCUUGAAUAUUUUAGCCGCCGAUGAGUUUACAGAGCCACUUUUGUAUUUGUACUUUGUAGCUACAAGCCUGACACUGUUAUCGCCACAUAUCCCUAUGCAAAAGGUUUGAGAAGAAUUGGGGCCCUCGAUAGACUCGUUUGCAGAUAUUUCCAUGGUUUAGUGGAACCCAAGAACCUGUACAUAGACCCUUGUUAGGAAGCUGCAUGCACGUUUUGUGAACUGAGCCCUUGAAUUACAUCUGUGUUUGUGUAUUGGUGGGUUUCAUGACGUUACUGUCUAGAUGAUCUUUACUUUGGGUAAAGAGAACUUUCCUUCCUAGAAAAUGAAGCAUCCUGUGGGAUAGCCCCAACAACCUGCGCUCCUUGUAUCUGUGUGUCUGAUCUACUUUGGUUUUGUAAAUUAAACAGUGUUUUUUCCCGGGCAGCACUAAACUUUUUAUAUAAUAUGUAACUUGUAAAAAGUAUUUCAUAUUUUUUAUUGAAACUGCAGAGGCAUUUGGCCUAUUUCUUUGUGAUCUGUGUUUAUUAAAGCAUGAAACUAUA